AUGGUCUCAACCCAUCCCCAUGUCGACCUCCAUCAUGCCCAUACCGACAUCUUCGCUGCCACGUCGGUGGCUGAUCUCCAUGCCACUCUCGCACACCUCCACCACCAAGAAGCCACAGUCACCCAGCGCCUCAAUGACCUCGUAGCCUCCCAAACAGAUCUCUCCCGCGAACUCGGCCGCCUCGAUCUGCUCCGCGCCCACCUCGGAACCCAAGCAAACACCACUCGCGCAAUCAGCAAUGGCAUGCUCUCCGAUGCUGCCUCAACCGCCAAACGUAUAUCCACCGCCGUCAAGAGGCUGGACCGCGAGCAGUCAAACGUUCGAGCCACCCUCCAGGUCGUCGAGCAGGUCGCCGAAUUGAAAGCAUGUGUUCUCGGAGUUCACGGCUCCAUGGGAGCUCCCCAGGAUUGGGAGACGGCUGCCGGUCACCUCAGUCGAGCCUCCAAAAUACCCCAAGAUGUUGUUGAUGGCAGCUUCGCCGAGGAGAUCGUUCCCACCACCGAGAUCCCGGACCCCCCUAGGGUCACCCUCGAUCAAGCUGCCGAGUCUCUGUGCGGCCUGUUUCUCCGCGAAUUCGAGAAGGCCGCGAGCGAGGGCGAUGGCUCACGAGUCACAAGGUUCUUCAAGCUAUUCCCCUUGAUCGGCCGCACUGAUACCGGUCUCGACGCUUACGGUCGAUAUGUGUGCCAGGGCGUAGCUUCGAGGGCCCGAACAAACUUCAACUCGGCCGCUCCCGCACAGCGCAAAGAGGGUUUCUUCUAUGCGCAGACCAUCACCAAAUUGUUCGAGCACAUUGCUCAGAUCGUGGAUGGCCAUGAACCAUUGGUGGAGAGGCAUUAUGGCCCUGGCAUGAUGGCAAAGGUCAUUGAACGACUACAGAUGGAGGCCGAUGUUCAGGGUGGCAUCGUAUUGGAUACUUGGCAUGAAGAGCGAGGCAUCGACCGCAAGCUUACCGAUAUCAAGUCCUACGCCUUCUCGUUUUUGGUACAGAGUUUCAUGCAGAAGCCUGCAGCCGGCGCCCCUCGCUCCAAUUCUCCCUCCAAUGCUCCGACGAGAUCCAGCGAAGAUGAAGGCGUCAACAUGAAAGAGGUAGAUGGUCUAUUGGGAGAGAGUGCUCUCAUGUUGGGACGGUGGGCACUGUACUCGCGAUUCAUCUCUGACAAAUGCGCUCCUCGCGAAUCCCCUGACCCGCCCGGGAUCGAUCAUGGCCUCACCAUGCCUCCGUUUUUGUCGACGAGCAACCUACACAAGAAGGUCUCAUCCCAUCUUGUAGAACCAUUCAAUGAGAUGACAACAUUCUUCUUCCGGCGUUCGGUAGAGAAGGCGUUUCAACUUGAUGAAUCUCCCUCGGACCUCAACCUGAAUCCCUCGAAGCCGCUGGGGGGUAAUCCCCCGUUCAUCACCUCGGCUGUGGACGAUGUCAUGUAUAUCGUCAAUCAGAUACUACAAAGAUCCCUGGCAACCUCACAACGAGCCGUCGUGGGCAGUGUUGUCCCCACCAUAGCACGUGUUCUUGGCGGCGAUUUCAUUGGAAUGAUCCAGCGAAAGAUGCGCGACGAGUGUUAUCCGAAACCUGUGAUCCAGGGUGCACUUCCGCCCGAAGACAAGGUCAUUGCUUUCCUAGUCCUUAUAAACAACCUUGACAAGGCGAACGACUACAUCAAGCAGAUUCUUGAGACACAGCUAGGCGGGCAAGAACCUGGAGGGUCUCGACUCAAGCACUUGUUUCCCUUCGGACAUGACGCGACCUUCGUGGAAGACAAGCUCAAAGCUUUGGAACAAUCAUUUACGUCCAAAGCUGGCGAGCUACUAAAUGACGGUAUCCAAGUUACAUUCCACAACGUGCUAAAACCUCGUGUCCGCCCCAUCUUUGCCGAAGCAUUCCGCGACGUAGAUUAUGCACCUUCUGGUGAGGAGGACGACGCGGAUGACGACGACCUCGACGAUGAUGUCGAUUUAGUCAAGUCGCGCUUCGACCGCGGUUGGGGAGCUGUGAUCCGCCCGAUCAAACGUAUCCUGACACCCGCCAACUACGACCGACUGUUGACCGUUGCAAUGACGUCCUUGGCUAGUGCGCUUGAGAAGCGCAUCAAGGGGUACUAUGGAAGGGUCAACGAAUUAGGUGCCGUGAGAUUGGAACGCGACGUCGCUGGCAUCGUCAAUGCUGCUGUGGGGGGUGGUAGAUAUGGUCUGCGCGACGCCUUCACAAAAUGCACGCAGAUGACUCUGAUAAUGAACAUGGACGACGACGAAUGGGACGACGUGGUGAAUGAAGAAGGAGGAGACUCGGGCAUUCCGUGGGUCAUGGACGCAGAAGAGAGAAAUAGAAGGAGAGUUCUGGCACAAUGUCCACUAUACCAACAUUACUCCGCCGAACGCCAUGAGCCGUACUCUACCGGAACCUGGAAUCUCUCCUAUGCCCGGCCUAUCCCGUCUUGUCGAACGUUCUACUCCCAGGAGGUCGAGGACACCAUAGAAAGACUGCGACAUGUAAUCGUCGACCCGGACUUGAUGCGCAUCUUCGAAAACAGCUGGCCGAGCACAUUGGAUACGACAAUAGCAUGGCGGGGCUUUGCCAACUCCAACUACACCACUGCUCCGGAUGAAGACCUGGCCUUUGUGAUCACUGGAGACAUCGAAGCAAUCUCGAACAGUCUUGCAGCCUUGUUUCGAGGAGCCAUCAACCUGCAAGCCCGAUACAUCAUGGAUGCCCCGUUCUGCAAUGCCUUUCAGGCUCCUGACGAAGCCGGCAUAAUACGCAAGAGCAGUGCCAAUUCCGACACAAUCACACCCUACUUUGACUUCUACAAGGUAUUCUCCUGCCAGUGGGAGCUUGACUCGGUUGCUUCGUUCCUCCAGCUGUCCUCGGACUACUUGACUGCAACGCAGGACUACGACUUCUUUGCGCGACACAACUGGACCGCCGCCGUGGACACCAUCCUGACCACGGCCCGGAGCAUGACCAUCAAUUCGUACUCCGAAGACGGUGUCUGGCUCCAUACGCCGUACACCUAUUGCGCACCGUACGGAGGCACCCCGAUCAACGACUGCAACGGAUCCCCCCACCGCGGCAACAUUGGUCUCAUCCGGUCGUACCACCGCCCCUCAGACGACGCAUGCACCUACCAGUACCUAAUCCCUUCCAACAUGAUGUUCAGCGCCGCACUCAACGCCACCGUACCCAUCAUGUCGUACAUCGAGGGCAAGAACCUAAACCUCACGAAGCAGAUGCGUGCCAUGUCUCGCGGAAUCCGCAAGGGCAUCGAAGCCCACGGAAUCGUGCGCGAUCCCGUACACGGCGACAUCUACGCCUACGAGGUCGACGGCUACGGCUCCGCAAACGUCAUGGACGACCCUAACAUCCCCUCCCUGCUCUCCGCCCCCUUCAUUAACUACCUCCCCCGCGACUCCCCCGUCUACGCAAACACCCGCCGCAAGAUCCUUAGCAAGGACAACCCGUACUACUCCUGGGGCCCCGUCAUCACCGGCGUGGGAAGCCCGCACACGCUGCCCGGGCGUGCGUGGCCGAUGGCUAGCAUCAUGGGGAUCCUGACGAGCGACAACGACGCCGAGAUCGUGAGGUUUCUAUCCGACCUCGUCGGCAGCACGGAUGGGUUGGGCGUCAUGCACGAGAGCGUCAGCAGCCAUCAGCCCGGAAUAUGGAGUAGACAGUGGUUCUCAUGGGCAAACGGCCUCUUCGGCCAAGCCAUCCUCGACCUCGAGAAGCGGAAACCGCAUAUUUUGAAAAUGGGCUUCCAGCACAAACUACCCAAGCACAAACGCCCGGACAAUGAUCCGUUUUAG